CUUUGCGACACUUUGUGGCCGCCUCCAGCCCCCGUCGAGAACAUGAGCUGAUGAUCUGAUAAGUCGGCUCCGAACAUGAUGGCUUGAGGAGGUGGGGGUCGGAAUACUUAGGUCGUCUUAUCUGAUCUCCGCACGUCGCAUCUUACCUCAUGUGUUUGACGAGUGCAUUCUUGCAUCGGCACUAACUUGAAUGGUAGCACGAGAGCUUCCUAGGUUCAGUCGUACUCCAAGCAGCUUGAUCACCCGUAACAGGAUCCGAAAAAUUCCAGUCUCCAGUACUCUCCUCGCACGCCAUCAUGGCAAUCUCACUAUCAAACUUUCUCCUCCCACUCUCACUACUAAUAUCAAUCACAUCCUGUGCGACUGUCACGCAUGACUUCGACAUAGGAUGGGUCCACGCGAAUCCCGACGGCCAGCAAACACGACCAGUCAUUGGCAUCAACGGACAAUGGCCUCUGCCACCUAUAGUCGUCACGAAAGGUGACCAAGUCAUUGUCAAUGUCAAGAACUCCUUGGGGAAUGAGUCUACGAGUCUGCAUUUCCACGGCUUGUACAUGAAUGGUACUACGCACAUGGAUGGUCCAGUAGCUGUUUCACAGUGUGGGAUCCCCCCAGGUAGCUCUUUUACCUACAACUUUACUGUCAACCAACCGGGCACAUAUUGGUAUCACAGCCAUGAGCGCGGCCAAUAUCCAGAUGGUAUUCGAGGUCCUUUUAUUGUACAUGAUCCUGAAGAUCCAUACAAAGAUCUCUACGACGAAGAAGUUGUCAUAACGCUUUCUGAUUGGUAUCAUGAUCUUAUGCACAACCUUCUCGCAGAAUUCAUCAACAUCGCCAAUCCUUCGGGCGCAGAACCCGUACCUCAAGCAGCACUGUUGAACGACACCCAGAAUUUGACUGUCAGCAUAGAGCCUGGAAAAACAUAUCUCUUCCGGAUGGUCAAUAUGGGCGCUUUCGCUGCGCAGUACGUUUGGUUCGAAGACCAUACCAUGCGCAUUGUUGAAGUCGACGGCGUGUACACCGAACCGACGGACGCAGAGAUGAUUUAUAUCACCGCGGCGCAACGAUAUAGCGUCCUUGUCACCGCUAAGAAUGAUACCAACUCCAACUUUGCUUUUGUCGGAAGCAUGGAUCAGGACCUGUUCGACGCUGUACCAGAAGGUCUGAAUCCAAAUGUCACGGGCUGGCUUGUGUACGACAAUAGCAAAGAGCUACCAACACCAAAGGCGGUCGAGGCAUUCGAACCCUUUGAUGAUUUUGCUCUGGUGCCGUACGAUAAGGAGGGACUGUUUGACCAUGUUGAUCGGUCAAUUACUCUAGACUUGAAGAUGGACAACUUGGAUGAUGGGGCGAAUUACGCUUUCUUCAACGAUGUUACCUACGUCAGCCCCAAAGUACCCACGUUAUACACCGUCCUGUCCACUGGUCCCAACGCUACAGACCCGACCAUCUACGGCAGUAACACAAACGCCUUUGUACUUGCUCAGAACGAAGUCGUGGAGAUUGUGCUGAACAACAACGAUCCUGGGAAACACCCUUUCCAUCUCCAUGGCCACGUCUUCCAAGUGGUAACCCGCAGUGCCGAUGACGCAGGUUUCUACGACCCAGGCAAUGCUCCAGACCCACAUCCAACACCCAUGCGACGCGAUACUAUUCUCGUUCGACCAAACGGACAUAUUGUGCUGCGGUUUCGAUCUGAUAAUCCUGGUGUAUGGCUGUUUCACUGUCACAUAGAAUGGCAUGUAGCUUCUGGAUUGACCGCCACAAUGAUUGAAGCACCGCUUGCCAUUCAGGACCAGCUCUCCUCUUCCUCGUCAAACAACUCCAUCCCACAAUCACACUGGGACGUUUGCGAAGCUGGCCGCAUACCCACACGCGGCAACGCAGCGGGAAAUACAGUUGACUACUCAGAUCUUACGGGUGAGAACAAGAGUCCAGGAAGAUUACCAGAAGGUUUCACAGCGAGAGGUAUUGUGGCGUUGGUGUUUAGUUGUUUGAGUGCUUUUAUGGGGAUGGGCGUCAUUGGCUGGUAUGGCAUGAGACCUAUCAGCGGGUGAUGAGUGAGGAAGAUGUAGAGAGAGAGAAGGGUGGGUGGAGCUCGAUGUGUAUGGGAGUAAUGAUACCAAUGUAGAGUACAAAGGAAGCCAAUAAUAUUUUCUGCCAGAUCUACG